AGAGAAAGCGACCGUCGUCACAUUUGACUGUUCAGCUGUCGGACCGGGACUGCCGACAUUCAGAGAGCAUUCUUUUGACUUCAAAGUCGUAGUCCAAAACCGAGACGAGAGACCCAAGAUGUCAGUCGUAAACUGGACCCGAGCGCGGGCAUUGACGGGACCGGACAAAACCUCCCGGGAACAUCGCAGCAAUCCGCGCACCCGACACCCUGACAUCAACCGCGACGUGAACCGAGGCAGCCGCGCCGUCGAGGCCUUCGAAGUCGUGCGACCGAGGAGGUUUUCGAAAGCGGAGGAUGAAGAACGCGAGGCGAGGCGUCCUCCCUGGUGUUUCCAGACGUCCUUCCGCUUCUUCUCUCCAAACUCAUCUUUGCCAUCCGGAAGCCGACGCCACGCGCUGAGGAAGGCGUGCGCGGUUCUCGAUGACACGGCGGCGCCUCGGUCGAUUUUCUCCGCGGCGUACGUCUGGUCCGCUCGGACGUGCCGAGGACGGCGAGGUCAACGAGAGGAGCAAAGAAGAAAAGGAGGGCAGGAAUCACAUCUGAUCUGACACAGACAAGUUCCGAGACCAAGAGCAAAGACCUGCGACCUUUGAAUCAAAAUGGAUUUAUUUUUGGAGGGAGGCAGCUAACUUACGGUACCAAGUGGACCGUACAACCGUGUAUGGGCCCUGGACCGUACUUUGCACACCCCUGGAAUUAACAGAGUGGAUGAAUUUUUAAUGAUCCCACGCAAAACAAUUUCCUGACACGAAUGACGUCCGCACAGGCCAAUGAUUUCAUUCGGGGGCAAUAACAAGCCUCCGGCCGCUCACAUCGAUAGCGGCAGGUUAAACAUUAAUGACGGCUUGGAAAGCUAACAAGAGCGAGACGGCGAACCUUUGGAGUUUGAUAUGAUGCCAUCGCACAUGCGUGCGCGUGCGCACACACAACGGUCAGAAUGACACGCGUCUGAGCGGAGGGAGGUGAUCUCCGAAAUUGCUCGGGUGAGUUUUUGUGUUUUCCCGAGCCCGCGCGAAAACGUCGACUUCUAUACGUUUGUUUGCGUUUGUAUGACCGUGCGGAAAUCGACGGAAUAGACGGACGGGAGCGCCUCAGUCGGCCAAACAAGCGGCCGACGUGCGUUUUCUUGAAUUAUCGUCGAGAAUUGCGAACGGGCCUUUUCCGUCCUCUGUCGAAACGUUUGACGGCCAAAUAAAGCACGUUUGAGAGGCCUCGGCGCUCGUUCGUCCGUCUUUUAUUGUUGCUGUUGUUGUUUUAAGCGCCAAGCAAUGGUGAAAACAACAACAAGCAAGCGGGUGAGCGACGCCUCCGCGACAAAGUCCGUUGAUUCGGUGAUCACGGGGGUGACGCAAAGUGUUUCAUGACCUUUGACUUCACGCAAACACACGCGCACGCACUGAAGUUUGACCUGGAGAAAUGUAACCUUUUCUUUUUUCUUUUUUUUUUUUUACAUCCCCUUCGUGCUUCUGGUCUUCCUGGUGGUCCAGUGAGCUCUGCUAAUUUCCUUGAUUUAUCCAGCUGUCAAUCAAAGCCAAUGGAAACCAAUCAGAAGGUAGGAGGGGAGGGGCUAGUGGGGGCGCAGAAGGAGGAGGGGCUGAGGGCGCUGGUGCAGAGGACGGGGUACCGCCUCCAGCAGGAGAACGGCCAGCGGCGCUACGGCGGCCCCCCGCCCGGCUGGGACGGGCCCCCCCCGGAGAGAGGAAGCGAAAUCUUUGUGGGGAAACUCCCACGAGAUCUCUUCGAGGACGAGCUCGUGCCGCUGUGCGAGAAGGUGGGACGCCAUCUUACACGGACGGGGCGGACUUGGCGGGUGGGGGCGGGCGUCACGCCGUCGCUGCGUGCUCGUCGUGUUUUUCUGUGCGUGACGGAGUCCUCGUGUUGUGUGGCCGUUUGCGUAUUUUGUGAGGGGGGGACUGUUGUGUUCUUUCUUUCGGCGGCCUCACGACCUUCGUCGACCUUCUCGCGUCAGUUCGGUCAGAUCUUCGAGGUGAGGAUGAUGAUGGACUUCAACGGCAACAACCGCGGCUACGCCUUCGUCACCUUCGCCAGCAAACAGGAAGCGCGAGCGGCCAUGAAGCAGCUCAACAACUACGAGAUCAGGAGCGGUCGCCUGCUGGGCGUGUGCGCCAGCGUGGACAACUGCCGACUGUUUGUGGGCGGCAUCCCCAAGAGCAAAAAGCGCGACGAGAUCCUGGCCGAGAUGCGCAAGGUGACCGAGGGCGCCGUCGACGUCAUCGUCUACCCCAGCGCGGCCGACAAAAGCAAAAACCGGGGGUUCGCCUUCGUCGAGUACGACAGCCACCGGGCGGCGGCCAUGGCGCGCCGGAAGCUGUUGCCAGGCCGCAUCCAGCUGUGGGGUCACGGCAUCGCGGUGGACUGGGCGGAGCCCGAGGUGGAGGUGGACGAGGACACCAUGGCGACCGUCAAGAUUCUCUACGUCAGGAACCUCAUGCUGCACACCAGCGAGGAGAACAUCCACAAGGAGUUCGACGCCGUCAAAGCAGGCGCGGUGGAGCGAGUGAAGAAGAUCCGAGACUACGCCUUCGUCCACUUCACGCGCCGCGAGGACGCCAUGGACGCCAUGAAGGCCCUCAACGGGAAGGUGUUGGACGGCUCGCCCAUCGAAGUGACGCUGGCGAAGCCGGUGGACAAGGACAGCUACGUGCGCUACACGCGAGGGACGGGAGGAAGAGGAGGGCGAGGGAGCUCGCUGCUGCUGCACGACGACUACGCGGGCCUGACCCUGGGACAGGUGUACGACCCGACGGUGGCCUACCUCGGGGCGCCGGUGUUCUACGCCCCGCAGGCGUACGCCGCCGCCCCGCCCCACUUCCGCUUCCCACCCGCCAAAGGUCUCGUCGCAGGUCGCGGCCUGUUCAGGACACCUUCUGUUCGAGAAGUUUACAUGAGUGUGCCUGUAGGGGCGGCGGGGGUACGCGGGCUGGGGGGGCGGGGCUACCUCACCUACGCGGCGGCGGGGGGCGGCGCGUGCCGCCAGGCCGGCGUGCCCAAGCGGGGCGACGACAAGCUGUACGACCUCCUGCCCGGGACGGAGCUGACGCCCGUGACGGCGGCCGGCGGCGGCCCGAAGUCCGCCGCGCUCAAGCCGGCGGCGCAGGUUCUCGAGGAGUUGUGUGAGAAAAACAGCUGGGGGGCGCCGGUGUACCAGCUGCACUCGGCCAUCGGACCCGACCAGCGCCAGCUGUUCCUCUACAAGGUCACCAUCCCCGCGCUGGCCACGCACAACCCCAACGGGCUCCCGUUCACGCCCAGCAAGCUGAGCGCCGCCGUGGACGAAGCCAGGGCGCACGCGGCUGAGCACACGCUGCGCACGCUGGGGCUGACCUCCGAGGGCGCCGGCCUGGCCCCCGACGCCGCCCUGGCCGCGGUGGCCUUCCCGGGUUACGCGUUGGCUAGCCCGGCGCAGGGGGGCGCGGCCUCCCAGGUGAAGCAGGCCGUCUCUCUGGGCCAGGAGGUGGUCACCGGGGUGGCCGCGUACGCCGCCUACGAGGCCUACCCCGCCUUCGCCGUUGCGGCGCGCCACAGCGACACGUACGGCGUGUUUUGACCAGCGCCGCUUUCUGCUUUCUUCCUUCCUUCCUUCCUUCCCUCGACGAAGCCGUUUGCACCAGGCACCCAAAUAAGAUUGCCCCCCACCCCCCCUUUUUUUUUUGGUCAUAAUCUCCAUUCCCAGGAUGCGUUUACAACAAUUUCCCUUCCGACUUUGCUCCGUGAAGAAGCUGAUGAGCUCGUGCCUCGUCUUGACCCUGACAGUAUUAAAGCUUUUAUUUUGAUAGCGCGCCACACA